AUGCAGCAGAAGUAUUGGGAAAAAACGACGAUGGCUUACCAGUUUGUGAAGUCUCGAUGCUUGUCAUUGCCCCAACACGCGCAUGCUGUUUAUAAUGCUCUUCAUUCACCAGUGCGACAAUUAAGGCUAGCUGCUGUUGUAAGAUUACGAAAAUAUUUAUCCUUACAAAAUGUUGACGAAAGGGUCGAUAACGUUCUGGCAUUAAACAUAAUACCUUUAUUGAUUGAAUUUCUCGAAAGUUAUCAUGAUAAUUUACUACAAUAUGAAACGGCUUGGAUAAUUACAAAUAUAGCCGCUGGUUCUACUCAACAUACAGAAGCUCUUGUUGCUGGUGAUGUGACACGACAUCUCAUUAAGGUGUUGUCUACCUCAACUAAUAUUGAAGUUCAAACACAGAUUAUAUGGGCGUUAGGAAAUAUCGCAGGAGAUGGCGCUGUAUUCAGAGACAUAAUUUUAUCCGCUGGUGUGCUUGAUCCUUUACUUUAUAUAUUGACUCAUUAUGAUAAAUACGAUUAUAUGGCCGUCAGAAUAACCGUUUGGGCGACAGCUAAUAUGUGUCGUGGAUGUCGUUGUUCUGAUCCUUCAUGGUCAUUGGUAUAA